AUGGCGCUCUGGCCAGCGGGCCCUGAUGCCACGAGCUGGAAGCAGCCCGGGUCGGCCCGGUGCCCGAACCUGCCGAUCAAACUGCGGCAGCUCCUGGCACGUCACCCUUGCCUGCGGCCAGAGGAACCAAGAGGCCGAGAGCGGGGCCCGUGGGUCACGCCGCACUGUGCGUCUGGCCCCAGCUGGCAGCAGGCUGAGCUCAACGAGGCUGAGAUGCCGGAAGUCCAUGAAAGCCGCCUUGCCCUGCAUCAGCCGCUCCCAAACGGGACCCCAGAUGGAGGGGGGCACUUCUGCCCUUCCCCUUUGCACCCGUCCGAUCGUGUCCAGCUGGCCUUCGUCUCAGUCGAGGAAAACGGCACACUGAACUGGGAGACCCGACACCACGCGGACUCCCAGCACAGAAGCAGACUGCUGAUCCUGGUGCUUUGCUUGAACUUCCCGCGGGAGGCGGAGCCUUGCCCCGGGGCUUGCGUAUGUUACAGCGAGCCCAAGAUCACCAUCAGCUGCCAGCAGCAAGGACUUGGAGCCAUCCCGGCUGAGAUCCCCGUCCAGACGCAGCGCAUCUUCCUGCACAGCAACAGAAUUGCCCUGAUCAAGUCGACCAGCUUCACGUCCUGCCGCAACAUGUCCAUCCUGUGGAUCCAUUCCAACAACAUCAGCCUCAUUGAACCUGGGGCCUUCUACGGGCUUGACAAGCUGGAGGAACUGGACCUCAGUGACAACAUGAACCUGAGGUCCAUCAGCCCUUCCACCUUCCAAGGCCUCGUGCACCUUCACACCUUGCACCUCGACCGCUGCGGGCUUCUGGAGCUCUCCACGGGGCUUUUCCGGGGGCUUUUUUCCUUGCAGUAUCUCUAUUUACAGGAUAACAACCUGCAGAACCUCUUGGACGACACCUUCUUGGAUCUUGCCAACCUCACCUACCUAUUUUUGCAUGGUAACAGAAUAAAGAGCUUGUCAGAAAACGUGUUUCGGGGGCUGAUUAACCUGGACAGGCUCCUCCUGCAUCAAAACCGGGUUAGCAUGGUCCAUCACAGGGCGUUCCAUGACCUUGGGAAAGUCAUGACCGUGUACCUUUUCAAUAACAACCUAACGGUGCUCUCGGGAGAGACGAUGGCUCCCUUGGUGUCCCUUCAGUAUCUCCGCCUGAACGGCAACCAGUGGCUGUGCGACUGCCAAGCCCGGUCGCUCUGGGAUUGGUUCAAGCAGUUCAAAGGCUCUUCUUCGGAGCUGGAGUGCCACUUACCUGCUCACCUGGCAGGCAGAGACCUCAAGCGGCUGCAGAGCUCUGACCUGGAGGGAUGUAUCGACCCUUCCAGCCAGAUAAGAACAAGUGUGUUUAGCACUAAGACCCGAUCUGGCAAAUUGGCCACGGCUGAGCCACCUCUCAAUCCCCAGGACAGCUCCCGGAAAUGUUGCCAACCGGAAAUGGAUAAAUCGUUCAUUUAUGAAGCCAAAGCCAAGGCGGGCCCCUCCUCACACAGCAGCCGGGCCUCCCCGAACAAUCCGCUCAAGGACAAGGAGAACAUGGCCAAAACCAAGUACCAAGUGGAGAUGGAUUCUUCCAAAAACAGCAGCAACAAGCAGAUCAACGACUCCCCCUUCGGGACUUUCCCCAGUGCAGUGGACCCUCCACUGACCAAUCUGAAACCCGAGUUCCUAGGCCCCAUCGAACCCUCCACAGUCCCAACCAAAAAGAGGCAGGGCUGCUCGAGAAAGAACAAGUCCCGGUCGCAGUGCCGCAUUGCCCAGCCCACGCAAAGCGCCACGGCCCCACUGACCCCGGGCCUGCUGAUCCCGCUCUCGGUGUGGAGCCUGGCUCGGUUCUGCUAG